AUGCCUCGAACAAAGUUUGAACACAGACUGGGUCAAUAUCUCCAGAGCGGUGAGAGAUCGACGAGGAAAGGCAAAAGUGGCAAAGCAGUUGAUCUAGAAGCGAAUGGAGACCAUCUUCAAGCUCGGGGAGGGGGAGCAGAGCUCCGGGGUGUGAUGCAUGGCGGCUCAAAAGGAAGUAGAGGCAGACGUAUCGCGGAGACGGAAGUCCAAGGGCGGAUGAGGUUGGUAGGAGGGUUGUUCGAAGGAGGUCGUGGGGUGGAAACAAAAUACAAAGAAGAACUCACAAACACGAAUGUGAAAAAGGCGACUUGGGGAAGCGAGGACAACAGGAUCAGUGUAGGAAAGAGCCCGAGCCAUGCCUGGCCUGCUCCUCCCCUUCGUGCACGAAACGAGGCUGCCAGAAACGCACCUUCUGGUUUCGAUGCCAUUCGCUGGCAUCGCAGCUUCCCUUUACAGCAUUGA